AUGAAUCGUGUUUCGAUUCGAAUAUUACCCGUUUUCUUCUUCCUCCUCUUCUAUGUCUCGGUUUCGGAAGACGAACAAGUGAAGCGAUCACUUGUGGGAUUCAUGGACAGACUUGCAGCUGGAAAUGUACAAAGAGAUAAAAGUUGGGGUUGGAACAUGACUUCAGAUCCCUGCAAAGACAAAUGGCUCGGUGUGUCAUGUGAUUCGCAGUCGAAAUCCGUCAAGAAAGUGGUUCUCGAACGGCUAAAUCUCACCGGUGUUCUUGAUAUCGGUUCUGCUUGCAGGGCGAGUUCCCUCUCGGUGCUUAGCCUAAAUGAAAACAAUGUCGUCGGAUCGAUAUCGGAAGAGAUGGGGUAUUGCAGACAUUUGACACACCUUUAUUUAAGUGGUAACCAAAUAUCUGGUUACCUUCCUGAAUCUCUGAAACAGUUGGGUGACUUGAAGAGGUUCGAUGUAUCCGACAAUAACUUGUCCGGCAAGGUACCUGAUAUCUCUGGAAUUUCCGGGCUAAUUACUUUCCUUGCUCAGAACAAUGAACUUAGUGGGGAGGUACCAAAUCUUGACUUCUCCAAUCUGCAGCAGUUCAACAUCUCCAACAACAACUUCAGUGGUCCGAUUCCCGAUGUCAAAGGGAGGUUCUCUGCCGACAGUUUUUCAGGUAAUCCUGGACUUUGUGGAGAAUUAGUCUCAAGGCCAUGUCCUCCAUCAACACGGAAAUCCGGAGAUUCAUCGGCCAAACACUUCGCUAUGUACUCUGGUUAUGCGGCUGUUGGCCUUAUUGCCAUGUUAUUCAUCGCCUUUAAACUAGUCAGUAAAAUGAAGCCGAAGCAAGACACGAUAGCAGUGGAAGCAAACACUAGCAGGCUCAGCAACAAGACCAGUAGUACAUCCAACGAGUCGAAGAUAACCGAGAAUAAAUCGGAGUAUUCAAUAAGUUCUGUCGAGAGCGGAGCGGCCUUAUCAUCCCUCAUAGUGCUUACAAGUUCAACGGUCCAAGGUUUAAGAUUCGAGGACCUGCUUCGAGCACCGGCCGAACUGCUUGGAAAGGGGAAACACGGAAGCCUUUACAAGGUAAUGCUCGAUAAUGGGGCAACAACGUUGGCAGUGAAGAGGAUAAGAGAGUGGAACAUUACGAGUGAAGAGUUGAAGAGGAGAAUGCAAAGGCUGGACCAGGCAAGGCAUCCGAAUGUAUUGGCACCGGUCGCAUUUUAUUGUUCCAGGCAAGAGAAGCUCUUGGUUUAUGAAUAUCAACCCAAUGGCAGCCUUUUCAGGCUACUCCAUGGAUCGGAAAGUGGCCAGGCAUUCGAGUGGGAAAGCAGAUUGAAUGUUGCAGCCAUAGUUGCAGAGGCAUUGGCAUUUAUGCAUGGGGAGCUUGGUGAAGAUGGAAUCGCUCAUGGUAACCUCAAAUCCACAAACAUUUUGUUCAAUCAAAACAUGGAUCCCGGCAUCAGUGAAUAUGGCCUAAUGGUGUUCCAACACCAAUCAUUCGAUCUUCAAUCCGACAACAUCAGCAACAAUGCCUAUGGGAGCUUUAAAGCUGACAUCUACGGUUUCGGGGUGAUUCUUCUUGAACUUCUCACGAGGAAGCCGGUCCAGGCUAAUGGGAUCGACUUGGCUCGAUGGGUGCACUCGGUGGUUACGGAGGAAUGGACUGUCGAAGUCUUUGACAAGGCCUUGAUCUCACAGGGUGCAAGUGAAGAGAGGAUGUUGAACCUCUUGCAGAUAGCUCUCAAGUGCAUAAAUCUGAACCCAUACGAAAGGCCUAACAUGAAUCAAGUUGCACUAAUGAUCAAUACACUAAAAGAUGAGGAAGAUAGAUCCAGCUCCGAUCCAUAAACAA